AUUGGAGACAAACGCCGACAGCUUGUUACAUCAGCAGCGAAAAAAGGCAGACAGGCUCGGGAUUGGAUCCGCGCGCCGCCAAAAUGUCACUGCAGGUCAACCUCUCCGCGCCGGGCAUCCGUCAGGCGUACGAAUCCGUCCUGUCCGGCGCGCAGGACUACCUCGUGCUGACCUACGAAAAGGGGUCUAACGACCUGCGGGUGCAGUCUCAAGGCAAGGGCGACCUGGACGAUGUGUCAGAGGAAUUCUCUGACGGGCGUAUCCAGUAUGCAUUCGUACGCGUGCAAGAUCCGAACACCCAGUUGCCCAAACUCGUCGUCAUCAACUGGUGCGGCGAGGGUGUGCCUGAGAACAGAAAGGGGCUCUUCGGCUCGCACAGCGCGGCCGUGGGCCAAUUUUUCAAAGGUUACCAUGUCAGCGUGCAGGCAAGGACGGAUUCGGACGUCAACCCCAAGCUGAUCAUGAAGAAAGUCACCGACAGCUCAGGCGCAAAGUACGCUGCGGCCGGCGGUGCAGCGAACACUGCUAAAGUGGUGCCAAUCACCCCAGUCGGCUCGUCGUACAAGCCCAUCGGCACGCCGGACAUUAAAGGCAUACAGCUGGCCGGGGCGACCAAGAAAGAUGUUAUUCAGCCUGUCGGCUCGAGCUACCAAAGCAAGCGCAACGAGCUGCAGGAUAUUCGUGCAGCUAAUGCUGGCACCGCAGCAGUGCCUACAGACUCUGCAGCCCCUCCACCGCCUUCUCCGCAGGCUGUGAGACAGACUAACCCGACGCCACUUACCGCUUUCUCUACCACCGCUAGAGGAUUCGGCGGAUCCGCGCCCGUGGUACGAGGUCCGAGCAUUGGGGGAACUGCUUCGUCAACGAUCAAGACCACACACAGCCCGUCAGCUGGAGACUUUGACGAUGAUGGCUUUGGUCCAUCAUAUAAAGCGUCUGCCGCACCGACCGCCGCUCCUGUUCCACCCGCUGUACCCGCUGCAGCGCUGUCUAAGCCUGCAGCUGAGGAUAGGAUCGGGCCUGUCGGCACAGCGUACGAACCCGUGAAACUCGCCAAGCCGGGCAAGCUCUCGGCGAACCGCUUUCCCUUUGGACAGUCAGUCGAUGCUCCUUCGGCCCCGCCUGCCGCGUUACGUGCCCCUCUGGGCGGUGCGCCGGGAAAGCUCACUUGGAGCCAGAGGCAAGAGGCGGCAAAGCUGGAGCAGGAACGCGAAGAGAAAGCGUCGGUGGCCAGCAUCCUGGCGAGCAAACAGAGCAUCGUGUCAGCUGUUGGUGCAGGCGCGGCGGCUGGAGGUGCUGCUGCCGCCACGCCUGAAGAAGACCUCGCGCCUCCUCCUCCCCCUCCAUCUGCACCCUCAGCCCCUAGCGCAGCCGAUGAUGUAGCACAACAGCUCUCACAGACCAAGCUCGAAUUGGCUACCACUCCUCCCGUCGCAUCGACAGUCGCUUCACACGACACAAGUGGACGCCUCACCUCCCAAGGUAUCAUUGCUGUCGCAAUCUAUGAUUACACAGCUGAUGACGCUAACGAACUGACCCUUGUCGAAGGGCAAGUGAUCAAUGGCAUCGAGAUGAUCGACGAAGGAUGGUGGUCAGGCUAUGCGCCUGAUGGCACCCACGGCCUCUUUCCCGCUACAUACGUCGAGGUCCAGCCUGAGACCACGGAGCAUGCAGGUGCCGUUCCUCCAGAGGCAGAAGAAGCUCUCUCCCCUCCACCACCUCCCCCACCACCCCCACCACCCGCGCUUGAGCCUGCACCGGUAGAGCCUGAACAGGAGCACGAGGGUACUCCACCCGCUCCACCGCCGCCUCCACCGCCACCUCCACCACCUCCCGCGAUGGAAGCCGAUCCCACGCCUCCUCCUGUGCCAGCUGGUUCGGAGGUGGAUUCUAAGCCGGCGGCCGUCGAGGGCGGUGCGACAGCGACAGCGCUCUAUGAUUAUGAACCGGGCGACACGAACGAAGUCGGAUUCACCGAGGACGAUCGUAUCGUCGACAUCUCGUUUCCGAGCGAAGACUGGUGGAUGGGCACGGUCGAGAGGACCGGGGAGAGCGGAUUUUUCCCUCGCAACUACGUCGAGUUGCAAGGAUGAAACUCAUGUAGGAAGAGCGUUAAAGAUUUUAACAUAAGACAG